AUGGCGCCAUAGCGGCGGGAGUCCCAGUUCAGCCGACUUCGGCUUAUAGGCGGGCUAUGGGACCCGCGCAUUCGCUCGGCAAACUCGUCAGGGUCCGUGAGACCCGACGACGAGCGCCGGGUGGCGGCUGAAGGCUGGGAGGACGCGGCGUGUGGCCUCUCGCUUUGCAAAACCUGAGGUGCGGAUGCCUGGUUCGCAGGUGUGAAGCGACGAGCGAUCGGCCCUUCGGCCCCGGCCCACCGGCUGCCGCUCUGGUUUUUGGGAGCGUGAAGUGCCUCCCACGUGCAAAGUUUAGCACUCGGGGGUCCGGGGCUGAAGAGCUAUGACCAGUAUCACCCAAUUGUUCGAUGACCUCUGCGAGGCUCUCUUACCGGCCGCCCAGGCUCACCCGGGUCAGCGCCCCGUGGACAGGAAGAGGGCAAAGCUGAGCCUAAAGAGGGUAGCCUACAAUGCUCUUUUCGCCAAUCUGUUUCAAGAGGAGACUCAUCAGCGGCUGCCUGACUCGGCGAAGCGCCCCGUGAAGAACAAGGUCCUCAUGCUGUCCUUCGAUUUGAGGGUGGGUGGCUUGGGGCCAGAGGCCGACCGUUUGGAGGAGCUUGUGGAGAAGUUGGAAGCAACCCCUGGCUGUCCUCUGGUGGAGGUGGAGUCAGUGCUGGACCUCUUGGUCCAGUUGGCGGGGAGCGGCCCCCCUCAAGUGCUGCGGAGAAAACGGGAUUUCUUCUUUAACAACAAGCACGCAGGCAGAAACGUACCCUACGGCGGCUACGAUUGCUAUGACCUGAGUGUGUUUGAAAUGGACGUCAGGUCACUUAUCUCUGGAGAGGAGUAUUUGUGUCAUAACAUGUUCCAGGAAGCCCUUCAGGUGAUGGAGGCUACCCCAGGUACUGGCCUGCCCACCGUUGGGUGCUUCUCUAUUGGUGACUCUUGUGGUGACAGGUUUGAGAGAGACACUCGGGUCUCACUCUUUGGUGCCCUCGUGCACAGCCGCACAUAUGACAUGGAUGUGAGAUUGGAUCUGCCCCCUGUGCCGGACAGCGCGGACUUUUCUGGACUGGCCAUUAAGGUCCCACAGAUGAUGGAUCAGUGGGAAGAUGAAGGGUUCCAGUCAGCUUCUAAUUUAACUCCUGACUCCCAGUCUGAACCAAGCAUGACUCCAGAUUUGGACCUGUGGGAAGCUGUGCUCACAUAUGAAGCCAGCAAGCGGAGGUGCUGGGAGCGCAUUGGAUGCCCUCCUGGUUACCGAGAGGAGCCCUACCUCACCGAGGCAGGAAGGGAUGCCUUUGACAGAUUCUGCAGGCUCUGCCAUGGGGAACUACAGGCCCUCAGUGGGGGUCUACUACAGGCCCCCAAGCCUGUGCUGGUGGAGGAAAGCGAGCUGGUGAAAGACUCACUGAAUGUUCUGCUGGGCGUUGUUUCUGCUACAUUUUCUCUGUGUCAGCAAACUCAAGCCUUUGUAGUGGAGCUGGGUGUCCAUGUGUCAGGUGCAUCUCCUGAGAGCAUCAGAAGCAUCCUUUCAGAGGUGGCGGAGUAUGGAACCUACUACACACGCCUGAGCCAUUUCUCUCUACAACCUGUAGUAGGCUCCAUGUGCAGCAGGGGCCUUGUGUUCCAGGCCUUCACCAGCGGCAUUAGGAGGUACUUGCAGUAUUACCGGGCCUGUGUUCUCUCCACUCCGCCUACCCUGAGUCUCCUCACCAUUGGCUUUCUCUUCAAGAAACUGGGCCGGCAGCUCAGGUACUUGGCUGAGCUUUGUGGUGUUGGCACUGUAUCCCUGGUGACCAGUGGAGAGCCCAGGGCUGUGUUCCCCACCGGCGUGAAGCUCCUGUCCUACCUCUACCAGGAGGCCCUGGAUAACUGUAGUAAUGAGCACUAUCCUGUGCUGCUGUCUCUCCUGAAGACCAGCUGUGAGCCCUACACACGGUUCAUUCAUGAUUGGGUGUACAGUGGAGUCUUCAGAGAUGUUUAUAGGGAGUUCAUGAUCCAGGUUAACCAUGAAUACCUCAGCUUCAGAGAUAAGUUUUACUGGACCCAUGGCUACGUGCUCAUUUCCAAAGAGGUGGAGGACUGUGUUCCUGUGUUCCUGAAACACAUUGCCCAUGAUGUGUACGUCUGUGGGAAGACCAUCAACCUGCUGAAGCUCUGUUGUCCCCGGCACUACCUCUGUUGGUCUGAUGUCCCUGUCCCUCGCAUCUCAGUGAUUUUCUCUCUUGAGGAGUUGAAGGAGAUUGAGAAGGACUGUGCUGUCUAUGUUGGGCGAAUGGAGAGUGUUGCCCGUCACAGCUCUAUCAGCAAGGAGGAAAAGGAAUUGCGUAUGGAAAUUGCAAAACAAGAAUUAAUUGUUCAUGCCCGGGAAGCAGCAUCUAGGAUCCUAACUGAGCUGAGUGACCGACAGAUGUCAGAACAGAUGGCUGUGGACACCAGGAAGCGAGAGCAAUUUCAGCGGCUGAAAGAACAGUUUCUAAAGGAUCAGGAGCGACGCCUGGCGGCUAGACAAGAGGAGCUAGAUGAUGAUUUCAGCUAUGCUCGUGAGCUCCGUGACCGGGAGAAGAGGCUAAAGGCCCUGGAAGAAGAGCUGGAGAGAAAGGCCAGGCAGGCGCUGGUUGACCAUUAUAGCAAGUUGUCUGCAGAGGCAGCUCGUCGGGAGCAGAAGGCUCUGUGGAGAAUUCAGAGGCAUCGGCUGGAAAGCGCACGGCUUCGUUUUCUCCUCGAAGACCAGAAGCGCAUUCAGGAGAUGCUGAGCGACAUGGAGGCUCACCAGCCCCAGAAGCCGCCGAGUGUGUUCCCAAGCACGUGCUCUCAGGUCACAUCUCCGGGUACUGAGCAUGCAGAUGAAGGCCGUAGCAGUGAUCUGGGGUCCACAGAACAGUGUUGGGAUUGUCUAAGUCUACCCGGUGCAUCAACACCAUCAACCCACAAAUCUGCAGCAGAGGGAGCUGAUAACUCUGGGGCUGGACAGGCAGAGGGAGCCGGGCCGUUCUCUACUGGUCUCAACAUUACAGACUUUCUGCCUAUGGGUCCUGGGAUUGAACAGCCUAUGGAUAACAUUGGUGGUCCCUUCUUAGAGGUGGCACUGCAGACCAUCAGCUCAGACCUACCCCCUAUAACUCCAGGGCCAGCACUCACAGCAGCUGGGCCCCAGCCUGCCCAGCCAGAGUAUGAUUUCAAUACUGUCUUGAGGCCAACUUUGGCCACCUCCUCUUUACCAGGACCCUUCCAGGAUGUCCAAAAUAGUUUGGACAGUGAAAAGCAGCAUCUACUGGGGGACAUGCCCACAAAACUUGAUUCAUGUGUCCAUGACAUGCAGGAGACUUUGCCUUGCCCACAUCCACUCAAGCAGGACACUCCUGAGGAUGGGAACUCCCAGCCUGUGGGGCAGCUCCUUGAACAUAUGUCAGAGAGUGCUGUCCCCAUAGAGAGCCUUGUUUCUGGAAUGGCUCCUUGCCAGCAACUUAGGAGCUCUUCCACAUGUGUGUCAGAUGCCAGCAUCAAGCAGGGGGACUAUAUGUCAGACAUGGCUCUUCCUCGGCCACAGUGGAACAUCCAUGGACAUGUGUCGGAGGCCAGCAUCGGAGUUGGGGAGAAUGUAUCAGAAGUGGCUCCUCGUAGGCCACGGUGGAAUAUCCAUGGUCAUGUGUCAGAUGCCAGCAUCAGGGUUGGGGAGAAUGUAUCAGAUGUGAUUCCUUCUCGGCCACGAUGGAACAUCCAUGGUCAUGUGUCAGAGGCAAGCAUCAAGGUUGGGGAGAAUGUAUCAGAUGUGACUCCUUCUCGCCCACGUUGGAACGUCCACGGGCAUGUGUCAGAGGCAAGCAUUAAGGUUGGGGAGAAUGUAUCAGAUGUGGCUCCUUCUCGACCACGUUGGAACGUCCACGGACAUGUGUCAGAGGCAAGCAUUAAGGUUGGGGAGAAUGUAUCAGAUGUGGUUCCUUCUCGGCCACGUUGGAAUGUCCAUGGUCAUGUGUCAGAGGCAAGCAUCAGGAUUGGGGAGAAUGUGUCAGAAGAGGCUCUUCAGCCACGUGACUGUACUCAGCCUCCCUUGAUUCUGGAGGAGCCCUUGCCAGAAGCUGAGCCCGACCUACUCGAGCCCCAUCAGUGCUCUCCUGCCCGUGUGUCCCAGUCAGGCCUUUGUGUGGAAGCACAGAGCCCUGUUCUGGAAUGUGGGCCACAACUACCUAAAGAAAUGAAGCCUACCACCUGUUCUAGCCCUGGCAGCACAGAAGAAGGCAGCCCAACCAAGCCCCCUGUUGUAGCUGAGGCUGGCACGCUAAGAAAUGGUAUCCCUGAGGAGACAGGUCCAGGGAGGAACAGGGAUGCUGAAGACCUCUCUCCAUGGCCUCCAAGCUCACAGGAAGACACAGCUGUCCCAAGCAGCCCAGGCCCUAGUGAGGAGUUAUCGGACACAGAGACUGAGGCCAGACGCUGGGGCAAGGAGCAAGCCUAUUUGGCAGACCUCACAAAGCUCUACCACCUGGAGCAGUACCCAGACAGCUAUGAGUCUAUGUCAGAACCUCCUGUUGCGCACCUGGUACACCACAUGCUUCCCCAGGCCUUUGCUUUCCCUGUGGAUCCCCAGGUUCAGUCAGCAGUAGAUGAGAGCACAGUGCAGCUAAGUGAGCUGCUGACCUUGCCUGUUCUUAUGAAGCGCUCCCUUACCGCACCUCUGGCUGCCCAUGUCACCUUGGUGAACAAAGCUGCAGUUGACUAUUUCUUUGUGGAGUUGCACCUGGAGACACAUUUUGAAGCGCUGCGGCAUUUCCUGCUGAUGGAAGAUGGAGAGUUUGCUCAGUCUCUUAGUGACCUGCUCUUUGAGAAGUUAGGUGCUGGACAGACACCUGGGGAGCUGCUCAACCCAUUGGUCCUUAACAGCAUCCUGAGCAAGGCACUGCAGUAUAGCCUCCAUGGGGACACCCCACAUGCUACCAACCUGUCUCUUGCCCUCAAGUACCUGCCUGAGGUGUUUGCUCCUAAUGCCCCUGAUGUGCUGAGCUGCCUGGAGCUCAGGUACAAGGUUGACUGGCCCCUCAACAUCGUUAUCACCGAGAGCUGCCUGAACAAGUACAGUGGUAUCUUCUCCUUCCUGUUGCAGUUGAAGCUCAUGAUGUGGACACUCAAAGACAUCUGCUUCCACCUCAAGCGCACAGCCCUAGUGAGCCACACAGCUGGCUCAGUGCAGUUCCGCCAGCUGCAGCUGUUUAAGCAUGAGAUGCAGCAUUUCGUGAAGGUCAUCCAGGGCUACAUUGCAAACCAGAUCUUGCAUGUCAGCUGGUGUGAGUUCAGAGCCCGGCUAGCCGUAGUGGGUGACUUGGAGGAGAUCCAGCGGGCCCAUGCCGAGUACCUGCACAGGGCUGUUUUCAGGGGCCUACUGACAGAGAAGGCAGCACCAGUCAUGAACAUCAUCCAUAGUAUCUUCAGCCUGGUGCUCAAGUUCCGAAGCCAGCUCAUCUCUCAGACCUGGGGCCCGGCUACUGGCCCCCGUGGAGCCGAGCACCCCAACUUCCCACUCAUGCAGCAGUCCUACAGCACCUUCAAGUACUAUUCCCACUUCCUCUUCAAAGUGGUGACCAACCUUGUGAACCGUGGGUACCAGCCUCACCUUGAGGACUUCCUGCUUCGCAUCAACUUCAACAACUACUACCAGGACUCCUGAGGACAGACAAGACCAUGGUGCUGCGUCUCCAUUUGACCUGUCUGGGGCUAGGGUAAUGAGCACAUAGACAGACCUGAAAAAGCUGC